GCCUUCGAAGUCCGGAGAAGAAACCGAAGAAAAAGGAAGGAAACCGAAGAAUCGUUUGUGAGAAAACGCAAGGUGUAUGACCAACUGUGAGGGGCAUGAGUUUUAUUACAGAAACUUGUUGGUGUUUCCGCUUUUAGGCGCGGUUCUUGUAGUUGUCCUUUGAAGUGCCUCUACCUUGUCUGCUAAGCAUGAAUUGAUUCUGCGAUAGUUGAUAAAGAAACCCUACUGUAUCAUCUACCUUCUUGUUAACAAUGUUAUAAACGAUUCCAUUAGGUCCUCACUGAUUGUAGUUCCAAGGUGGGUGCUGGGUGAGGGAGGGAGUCUCAGAGACAAGGAGACGACUUAAUAUAGGAGGUUGCAAGUAAAAAUGGCUCAUCCGCAUUCCCACGGAGCCGAUCACAAAAGGAAAGAAGUCAUCCGUUUAGAGCGCGAAUCGGUUAUUCCAAUUCUGAAGCCCAGGCUUAUCAUGACGUUGGCCAACCUUAUCGAACAUAGUUCGGACCGAGCGGAGUUUUUGAAGCUCUGCAAGAGAGUAGAGUAUACAAUUCGAGCCUGGUACCUUCUACAAUUUGAGGAUUUGAUGCAACUCUACUCCCUCUUUGACCCCGUGCAUGGGGCCCAGAAGCUGGAACAACAGAAUUUAGCUCCUGAAGAAAUUGAUGUUCUUGAACAGAAUUUUUUGACAUACCUAUUUCAGGUAAUGGAAAAGAGCAACUUCAAGGUAGCAACUGAUGAUGAGGUUGAUCUUGCACUUUCAGGGCAGUAUCUUCUAAAUCUUCCCAUUACUGUUGAUGAAUCUAAGCUUGACAAGAGGCUUUUGAAGAAAUAUUUUGAAAAUCAUCAUCAUGACAACCUUCCAGAUUUCUCUGAUAAGUAUGUUAUUUUUCGCCGUGGCAUUGGAAUUGAUCGAACAACUGAUUACUUUUUUAUGGAGAAAGUAGACAUGAUCAUUGGACGUUUUUGGGCAUAUCUAUUAAGACUAACUAGGUUGGAAAAGUUACUUUCUCGAAGGUCAAAAAGACAUCAUAAGAAAGAUCUGAAGAAGGAUGAUGAUAUUACCUCUGAAGCAGAGCAAGAUGACCUCUAUGUUGAACGGCUACGCUUAGAAAAUAUGGAACUAAGUUUUCGCAAUUUGCUGAGCAAGACCACCAUACAGGAACCUACCUUUGAUAGGAUAAUUGUUGUCUACAGGCGAGCUAAUACCAAGUCUAAUGGUGAACGAGGAAUAUAUGUAAAGCACUUCAAAAAUAUUCCAAUGGCUGAUAUGGAGAUAGUGCUCCCAGAAAAGAAAAACCCUGGAUUGACUCCAAUGGAUUGGGUCAAGUUUCUUGGAUCUGCUAUAGUUGGUCUGGUUGCAGUUAUUAGCUCACUUGAAAUGCCCAAAGCUGAUUUAUGGGUCCUGAUGGCUGUUCUUGUCUCAGUCAUUACUUAUUGUGCUAAGACGUACUUCACGUUCCAACAGAACAUGGCUGCAUACCAAAACUUGAUUACACAGUCAAUGUAUGACAAGCAACUGGAUAGUGGAAAGGGUACACUCCUUCACUUGUGUGAUGAUGUCAUUCAACAGGAAGUCAAAGAGGUGAUUGUUUCAUUCUUUAUUUUGAUGGAGCAGGGCAAAGCUACAAGACAGGAUCUUGAUCAAUGGUGUGAGGAACUAAUAAAAGAAGAAUUUGGAGAGAGCUGUAAUUUUGACGUGGAUGAUGCAGUUCACAAGUUAGAGAAGUUCGGAAUAGUUACCCGGGAUUCCAUUGGCCGGUUUCAAUGUGUUGGGCUGAAACGGGCCAACGAGAUCAUUGGAACAACCACUGAAGAGCUAGUCCUCAAGGCAAGACAGGGAAGCACUUCUCCUUGAUGGCGUUCAAGGUCUGAGGUUUAGAUUCACUCGUCUCAUGAUUGAAGUUGGUCGAUUCUUGUCCUGUGUAACUUUGAUGUUAAAUAGUUUCUAUGUAACUUUGUGUCCCUUUGUGUUUACUACCUCCAAACUCUAGUCCUUAAAUAAGAACCAAUUUGAUAUUUGAUUUGGUUUUAAAUAUGAGAUUCCAA